AUGGCCGAGGGGCAGGGUGCGGCGGGGGCCCCCCUGGACAAGGUGAAGCGCCCCAUGAACGCCUUCAUGGUGUGGUCCAGCGGGCAGCGCCGGCGCCUGGCGCAGGAGCACCCCAAAAUGCACAACUCGGAGAUCUCCAAGCGCCUGGGGGCCGCCUGGCGCCGGCUGGGCGAGGCCGAGAAACGCCCCUUCGUGGAGGAAGCCAAGCGCCUCCGCGCCCGCCACCUGCGGGACUAUCCCGACUACAAGUACCGGCCCCGCCGCAAGGGCCGGGCCCCUGCCAAGGAGCCGCCGGGGGGCCACCCGCCGCCCCCCCAGCCGCCCGCCCGGCCCUGGGGCUACGGCGAGCCCCUGGGCUACCAGCCGCCCCGCUACCCGCCGGGCCAGGCCAGCGCCGGCUAUGGGAACGCGGCCGGAGGGUACAGCGGCCUGUCCUACGGCCCCCCGGCCCCGACGCCCUACAAGCAAGAGCCCGCGCCCCACCCCGGGGUGCUGCCGGCCGACUUCCGCGACAUGAUGGCCGCCUACGGCCUGCAGGCCUGCGACGUGGGCGAGGGCUUCCCGCAGCUGCCCUACGAGCCCCCCGGGCCGGCGCCGCUGACGCCUCUCUAGCCCGCGGGGGGCCGGGGCCGGGACCGAGGGGGGGGGCAGCUUUUUAUACGGAAAGAUGGAAAAAGUGGAGGAGGAACAAAGUUUUGGGGGGACUCUGGGGGGUGACCCAGUGACUCCAACCUAAGCAGGGGGGGCAGAGUGGAGGCUCUCUUCCCCCCCCAUCUCCCCCCCACACACCCUCUGUUAACUCUUUGCUCGCUUCUCCCACCCCCUAACAAAUCAAGUCCCCGGGCACUGGCUCCAGAAAGGGGGGCGGCAGUAGGGGGCUGAAAGAGGGGGAGCGUGGGGCAGGGACAGCCCAGAGAAGUGGGGGGGGGGUGCAAGCGCUGGGGGGCUCUCUCUCAAGGCAGGGUGUCAACGUAUUUUGUAAAGAGAAUAAACCUGGUUCCUGGAUACGCCCCCAACCCCAGAGCAUUACUGGGGGGGAGGGGGGCGGGGGGGGGCAAAGGAGACAUUCAGGGGGGCAGGAAACAGAUUGACACCUCCCCCCCACAGGGUUUGACCCCCCCCGAGAGCAAGAAAAACUUAAAGGAGGAAAUGAAAAUG